AAGUGGAAACCCUGCAGGCCCCGUGGGUCGCCGGUCGAAUCCGUGACGUCGUCUACGUGCCGUGCCGCUCGCCUCGUAUACCUAUUCGACGGCAUCUUACGCAUACUUGUACCGCGGGCGCAUACAACGCAGACGUGUGUCGAGGUAUCUCUCCGCAGCAUGGCUCCGAAGAAACCCGAGGAACCCGAGCGGAAGCCGCUCAUCGGCCGCGUUGGUACUAAUUUAAAAAUGGGAAUAGUCGGGAUACCGAAUGUAGGGAAGUCGACUUUCUUCAACGUUCUCACCAAGAGCCAAGCAGCGGCCGAGAACUUCCCCUUCUGCACCAUCGAUCCCAAUGAAAGUCGCGUCCCGGUGCCCGACGCGAGAUUCGACUAUCUCUGCGAAUACUUUAAACCGGCUAGCAAGGUUCCAGCCUUCCUGCACGUGAUGGACAUCGCGGGACUGGUGAAAGGCGCCUCCGAGGGACAAGGCUUGGGAAACAGUUUUCUCUCGCACAUCGGAGCAUGCGACGGCAUAUUUCAUCUUUGUCGUGCCUUCGAAGACGACGAUGUCACUCACGUGGAGGGCGACGUCAACCCCGUGAGGGAUCUCGACAUCAUCAGCGAGGAGUUACGACUGAAGGACGUGGAAUUCCUCAACGUGCACCUCGAGAAGCUCGAGAAGCUUGUGAUACGCGGUAAUGACAAGAAGCUGAAACCUGAAUAUGACACGCUUCUGAAGGUAAAGGGUGUUCUGGCGGACGAGAAGAAACACAUCAGGUUCGCCGACUGGAGUGCCAACGAUAUCGAAGUGUUGAACAAAUAUCUGUUCCUUACGUCAAAACCGAUUAUCUAUUUGGUAAACCUGUCGGAAAAGGACUACAUACGCAAGAAGAACAAAUGGUUAAUCAAGAUAAAAGAAUGGGUCGACAAGAACGAUCCGGGCGCGGUGUUAAUCCCUUUCAGCGGCGUUUGCGAAAACAAGAUUUUCGAUAUGGACGAGGCGGAGCGCGCAAAAUACUUCGAGGAACACAAAGUCACCAGCGCACUCGACAAAAUCAUCAUACAAGGAUACAAGGCGCUGCAGCUGCAAUAUUUUUUCACAUCCGGUCACGAUGAAGUCAAGGCGUGGACAAUUCAGAAAGGCAUGAAAGCGCCUCAGGCUGCUGGCAAGAUACAUACGGAUUUUGAAAAAGGAUUUAUCAUGGCGGAAGUGAUGAAAUUCGAAGAUUUCAAGAACGAAGGCACGGAAGCAGCAGUAAAGGCGGCCGGAAAGUACAGGCAGCAAGGACGUAAUUAUAUAGUCGAGGAUGGUGACAUAAUUUUUUUCAAGUUCAACGCAGGCGCCGGGUUAAAAGACGCGAAGAAGAAGUGAUGGCACGCAUUUCUCAUGUUGUUGCUCGUCCAUCUGUACAUCAACAUGAUCUUGUUAUCCUGUUGCAUGCAUCACCCGCGCGUCGAUCAAUCCAAUUCACUUCCCAAUCCUCCCUGACUUUCUCAUUCACGACAAACAUGUAUAUGUAUAUAAUAAUGACGACGAUAUUGAUAAUUAUUUUUGUAUUUUCAUUCUGCAGAAUCGGGAAAAAUUAAUCGCGCUACGUUUGCAAAACGUUUUAUCGAGAUAAUCUCUAAAUAUUCUCGCUCACAAUUAUGCGUAGAGGAAGCGCACUCGAUGUCCACAUAUUAUUUCUUUUGUAAAGGAUAACAGUGUCCACGUAAAGAAAAAGGAUAGCAUUUUCAUAUUUAUUUUUGUGUACAUAAUUAACUGAUUAUGUAAUAGAUCGCAUUCUAUACUUCUCGUCUUUGGUGUGAAAAUGUGCAGAGAAGAAGAGAGAAUGAGAAGAAAGGGGACGACGUGUUAAAGCAUUUCUUUGUACUCUUCUGUAUUUAUUCUAUAAAUAUUAAACUACAUUGACGUAAAUUCUUCAUAA